AUGCCAUCAUGUGCUCUUCUUCGAAUACCAGUUGGGAGUGAGAGAGAUGGACAAGGACGAACAUUUCAAAUUGGAGAGAAGGGGGGAUGGACGGAUAUAAAGAGCCACCCAGGACAGUCACGCCCAGUGCUGCUCUCAACCUAUCUGGUCCGAUUUCCUAGUUGCUUCCUGAUUUUCUUGCGAGUCGAGAAUGGAUCUCGAGACGCGAGUCAAGGCCUAUCGCUUCGUUGCCUACUCAGCCGUUGCCUUUUCGGCUGUGGCCGUCCUUUCGGUGUCCGUCAACUCAAAGACAUCCCGAGCGCAAAGAACCGCACUGCUCGUCAAGCUGGUUAUGACUUUGCCGUCACUGGAGGCUCACAGGCUCAAGGCUCUUGUGACUCUUGUUGUUUGCCUGGAUCAGCUGGUCCCGCCGGAACCCCUGGAAAACCAGGACGCCCAGGAAAACCUGGUGCUCCUGGUCUUCCUGGAAACCCAGGUCGUCCGCCGCAGCAGCCUUGUAAUCCUGUCACUCCACCACCUUGCAAACCUUGUCCACAAGGACCUCCCGGACCGCCUGGACCACCCGGACUUCCUGGAGAUGCUGGAGCUCCAGGUCUUCCCGGUUCACCCGGACAAAAUGCUCUCCCAGGACUUCCUGGACCAAAGGGACAACCAGGACCACCAGGAAACCCCGGUGCACCAGGACAGCCAGGACAGCCAGGAACUCAUGCUCAAAGCGAGCCUCUUCUCCCAGGAGAGCCUGGACCAGCUGGAGAUCCAGGACCAGUCGGGCCUCCUGGCGCGCCCGGUCAACCUGGAGCCCCCGGACAAGCUGGCCAACCUGGUCCCAAAGGGCCUCGAGGACCUGAUGGCCUGCCCGGUGCUGAUGGAAACCCUGGAGCUUCAGGACAACCCGGAACCCCCGGUCAAGUGGGCGAGCGCGGCAUCUGUCCUAAAUAUUGUGCGAUCGAUGGAGGAGUUUUCUUCGAGGAUGGAACCCGACGU